AUGUCUGGGUUUAAAGUUGAAGAAUAUUUUAAUAAUGAUGAUAAAGAAUUAACUAAUAAUCCAAUUGAUAGUCCAAUUAACACUGACUGUGACAAGAAUAUUUCUGUAAAAUAUAAAAAUUCAAAAUUCUACUUUAAUACAAAUUCUAAA